AUGGAACUAUUGUCACUGUUGGUACUAGCUAUCAUUACUCCUCAAUCUAAAUCUGAUUCAUCGUAUGGAAGCGUCAUGAAGUUACGGGACGAUCUUUUGGCCAACUACAGUCACACUUUAAGACCACUUAAAAAUCAGUCAGAAGCGAUUGACGUUGAAUUAUUGUUAUUAGUGGAUGGAGUAACCGAAGUGAACGACAUCUCGCAAACAGUAACUUUAAAUUUUGUUCUAAAGGUAAAUUGGACUGAUGAAUUUCUUCAAUGGGAUAAAGAUGAAUACGGGAUAGAGUUCAUCAACUUGCCCAACUCUGAUAAAUGGACGCCAAGGUUAAUGGUUUUAAACUCCAUUCAUAAAAGAGCCAUCUUUUCAGAUGAUCAGCAUCCUUACAUGAUUAGCUAUAAUGGUCAAAUAAAUUGGACUCCUGCAUCCGUCUUUACAUUUUAUUGUCAGUUAGAUAUGACUUAUUUUCCAUUCGAUUCCCAAACCUGCACUAUAUUUAUCAUGGCUAUAGAUUACAGUAUGCAACAACUCAACAUAUAUUUUGAAGAGGGACCGAGAUUUACAAGUAAGCAAGAAAACGGAGAAUGGGAUGUGAUCGAUUUAGAGUUACAAGAAACUCCACAGAAGGAUCUCACAGAACGACCUGAACAUAAAGUUCUAUUAAAGUUAAAGCGCAGAUCAGCUUUUAUUCUCUUGAAUGUAUAUUUGCCAGUAAUAGUCCUCUCUUUUUUAAAUCUGGCAGUAUUUGUAGUGCCCGCGGAGUCUGGUGAGAAAUUGAGCUAUGUUUUAACAGUACUAUUGUCCUUAGCUGUAUUUAUUAGUGUCGUGAGUGGUAUGUUACCUACAACAUCUACUAAUAUACCAAUAAUUACCAUCUACUUAUCACUGCAGCUUCUAAUAAGUACCGUAUCGGUACUUUUAACAGUAUACGUCAUCAGAAUACACCAUAGAUCUGCAGACAAACCGAUUCCAUCACACCUGCAAUUCCUGACACGAAUCAUGAAGAAGAAAGCCAAUAAUAAAGUUGAUCUUGGUAGUUCUGACGACAGGAUCAAAAAUUGGAAUAUCGUGGCAUUAUCAGUUGAUAAGUUGUGUUUAUACAUUUUUACAACCAUUGUACUUUCUUCAUGUUGUGCGUUGCUAUUUAUCAUAGCAAAAGACGAAUAUUAG